AUGGGUAAGUUUCCAGCUCCAAAAAACGAUUUGAUAUUGAGAGCCGCAAAGGGUGAAAAAGUCGAGAGACCGCCAUGCUGGAUUAUGCGCCAAGCAGGCCGUUACCUGCCUGAAUAUCAUGAAGUGAAAAAUAACCGUGAUUUCUUUCAAACUUGUAGGGAUGCGGAAAUCGCUUCUGAGAUUACUAUCCAGCCCGUGAGACGCUAUAGGGGCCUCAUUGAUGCUGCUAUUAUUUUCAGUGAUAUUUUAGUUAUUCCGCAAGCCAUGGGUAUGAGGGUUGAAAUGCUUGAAGGUAAAGGUCCACAUUUCCCAGAACCUUUAAGAAAUCCGGAAGACCUCCAGGCCGUGUUGGACUACAAGGUUGACGUUUUGAAAGAGUUAGAUUGGGCUUUUAAGGCAAUCACUAUGACAAGGAUCAAGUUAGAUGGUGAGGUGCCCUUAUUUGGCUUUUGCGGGGGGCCCUGGACCCUAAUGGUUUAUAUGACGGAAGGCGGCGGAUCACGUCUUUUCAGAUUUGCCAAACAGUGGAUUAACAUGUAUCCAGAGCUCUCUCAUAAUUUAUUACAAAAAAUUACUGAUGUUGCCGUGGAGUUUUUGAGUCAGCAAGUGGUGGCGGGUGCUCAAAUAUUACAAGUUUUUGAGAGUUGGGGUGGCGAACUUUCGUCUGUGGAUUUUGAUGAAUUCUCCCUACCAUACCUAAGGCAGAUUGCUGAAAGAGUACCUAAGAGAUUGCAAGAAUUGGGCAUUUUGGAACACAUUCCUAUGAUAGUUUUUGCAAAAGGGUCAUGGUAUGCGUUAGACAAGCUAUGCGAUUCAGGAUUUGAUGUUGUUUCUUUGGACUGGUCCUGGGACCCAAGGGAAGCAGUGAAGGUAAACAACAAUCGUGUCACCUUGCAAGGCAACCUUGAUCCUGGUGUCAUGUAUGGUUCUAAAGAGGUAAUAACGAAGAAAGUUAAACAAAUGAUUGAGGCUUUUGGGGGUGGAAAGUCCCGCUACAUCGUUAACUUUGGUCACGGUACCCACCCUUUUAUGGAUCCAGACGUCAUCAAGUUUUUCUUGGAGGAGUGCCAUAGAAUUGGUUCGCUGUAG